AUGUCGGCACCAUCAGACACCCAGAUAGCUGCCGCCAAGAAAGACCAAUCGAUUCAGGACAACAGCGAGCUAAAGAAUUACUAUGAAUCAUGGGAUUCACGCAUCGUUUACCAGGUCAUCAUGGGAGGCACGCAGCACUUUGGAUACUGGGACGAGGACACAUACUGGCCGUUCCCGUUGACGCCACAGCUGCGCCGAAUGGAGGAGAAGCUAUUUGAGAUUAUUGAUCUUCCACAAGGGUCGCAGAUCCUCGAUGCUGGGUGUGGUGUUGGGCAUGUUACUCGCUACUUCGCUCAGCGCGGUAUGCGCAUGCUCGGCAUCGACAUCAUUGACUGGCAAAUUGAAGAGGCUCGCAGUGUCGCCAGCAAAGCCAAACUCAGCACAAGCCAAAUGCGCAUUGAAAAGAUGGACUACCAUCACCUCCAAUCCAUCCAUGACGCUUCCCUCGAUGGUGUCUACACUAUGCAGUCAAUCAGCCAUGCCUACGACCCAAAGAGGGCCAUAGCCGAGUUCUUUCGCGUUACUCGUCAUGGAGGCCGCAUCGCCAUGGUUGAAGUCGAGCGUAAAGUCUCCAACACCAAAGAUGACCCUAAUGACCGCCUUACACAGGUUAUGAAGAUGGUGAAUGAAUACACCGUGAUGCCGACUAAUGAGGCCGCACACUUGGGGUAUUUCGAGGACCUGCUCAAGGAAGCGGGGUUCGUAGAUAUCCAAGUGCGAGACUGGCAACCCAAUAUCAUGCCUAUUAUUCGCAUGUUCUACGCCCUCGUGGCGGUGCCGUAUCACUUGCUCAGCUCGUUUGGUAUUGAGAAGAAUUUUAUCAACAUGAUAUGUGCUGCUAGUGCGUUCCUGGGGCAGGAUCGCUGGCGGUUUAUUGCUAUCACAGCGACGAAGCCGGGGGCAACGAUUGAGAGCGCCAAAACGAAGUGA